AUGGUAGUGGUCAACUUCUUGCUCUUCGAGAGCGCGGUAGGCUUCUCGCUCUUCGAGGUCGUUCACCAGGCCGACACUGUCGGUCUGGAGCUUCCUGAGGUCAAGGAUGCGAUGAAGACCCUCGACAAGUUUGGCAAGAUGGUCAAGUUGCGCAGCUUCAAUCCGUGGACCUCUGCCGCGCAGGGUUUGGAAGCGAUUAACCUCAUUUCUGAGGGUAUUAUGCCCGAGUAUCUUAAGAGUGCUCUUGAGAUGAACCUUCCCCAGACCAGCGGAAAGAAGAGCAAGGUCGUGCUUGGCGUUGCCGACAAAAAACUUGCUGGCGAAAUUACUGCUGCGUUCCCCGGUGUUCAAUGCGAGGCUGCCGAUACUUCUGAGGUCGUCGCGGCGCUGCUGCGCGGAAUCCGCACCCAUGCCAAUAAGCUGCACAAGAGCCUCCAAGAGGGCGACAUUGGCCGUGCGCAGCUCGGUCUCGGUCACGCCUAUUCUCGCGCUAAGGUCAAGUUCAGCGUUCACAAGAACGACAACCACAUUAUUCAAGGCAUUGCUACUCUUGAUGCGCUCGACAAGUCGAUCAACCAGGGUGCCAUGCGAGUGAGGGAGUGGUACGGCUGGCACUUCCCUGAGCUUAUUCGCAUCGUUUCCGACAACAUCACCUAUGCGAAGGUUGUUCUUGCUAUCGGCAAUAAGUCGUCCUUGACUGACGAGAGUGUUGAUGACCUCGCGAACGUGCUCAAUCAAGAUCAGGAUAAGGCUCUUGCUAUUAUCCAGGCUGCUAAGGUGUCCAUGGGUCAGGACAUUAGCGAGGUUGAUCUCCAGAUGGUCAGGGAUCUGGCUUCGAACGUCACCAGCAUGGCCGAUUACCGCCGUAUCCUUGCCGAGUCUCUGGACAAGAAGAUGAGUGAAGUUGCCCCCAACCUGCAAGUCAUUUUGGGCACUCCGGUCGCUGCCCGCCUGAUCGCCCAUGCUGGCUCUCUCACCAAUCUUGCCAAGUACCCGGCUUCCACCCUCCAAAUCCUCGGUGCCGAGAAGGCCCUCUUCCGCGCCCUCAAGACCAAGAGUGCUACUCCCAAGUAUGGUCUCCUCUACCAGAGCUCAUUCAUCGGUCGUGCCGGCCCUAAGGUUAAGGGCCGCAUCUCCCGCUAUCUGGCCAACAAGUGUUCUAUUGCUAGCCGUAUCGACAACUUCUCUGAAAAACCGACUCGUCACUUCGGUGAGGUCUUGCGCCAGCAGCUUGAGCAGCGUCUUGAGUGGUACGCCAAGGGCACUAAGCCCAUGAAGAACAGCGAGGCCAUGGAGAAGGCCAUCAAGGCGGUCAUGGCUGAUGAUGAGGAGACCCUGCCUGUUGCUGUUGAUGCGAUGGACAUCGAUAGCAAGAGCCCGGCUAAAGAGAAGAAGGAUAAAAAGGAGAAGAAGGAGAAGAAAGAGAAGAAGGAGAAGAAGAAGGAGGAUAAGGAAGAGAAAAAGAAGGACAAGAAGAGGAAGAGCCUGGGCGGCGAGGAUGUCGAGAUGGCGGACGCCGAUGUUGGAGAAAACAAGAAAAAGAAGAAGAGGAAGUCUGAGAUCGCCGAGUAA